AUGUCCAGCCUCCCCGCCAACUACCUCACUGCCACCGAAACUAUCGCUCUCGUCCGAUCCGGCAAGCUCACAGUAACCCAGAUCGCCGAGGCCCAUCUUGCGCGAUAUGACGAGCGCGAUCCUACAAUUCACGCCUGGGCGUACAUGGACCGGGAGCGUGUCUUGAGCGAGGCUAAGCGUCUCGAUGCGAUACCCGAGGCAGAGAGGGGCCCACUCCAUGGGGCUGUUCUCGGUGUCAAGGACAUGAUCAAUACCAAAGACAUGCCGACCGAGCACAACUCCCCCAUCUACAAAGACCAUAGACCGAACGUAGAUGCGGUACCUGUGGGAGUCUGCCGUGCUGCAGGAGCGCUUAUCUUCGGCAAGACCCACACCACCCAAUUUGCGGCAACUACUACUGGACCUCCCGCUCGGAACGCGUUUGACCCCGAGCGGACUCCCGGUGGAUCCAGCUCAGGAUCUGGAGCUGCGGUCGGAGAUUGGCAGUGUCAGCUGGCGUUUGGUACUCAGACCGUCGGGAGCACCGUCCGACCCGGAAGCUACAACGGCAUCUUUGCAUUGAAGCCGACCUGGGGCGCCAUCGGUCGCGAAGGUCUGAAGGUCUUAUCCGUCACUCUCGACACCCUGGGUCUCUACGCCCGCUCAGUCGCCGAUCUCCAGCUUCUCGCGGAAGUCUUCCAAGUAGUCGACGAUACCCCCCCUCCCUCCCCUCCCAAACCCCUCUCAUCGUGCACAUUCGCAUACGUAAAAACCGACCAAUGGCAAGCCGGCUCUGGUCCCUCUCCGGAGCUCGAACGCGCUUGGGCCAAGUCCAAGGAGCUCCUCAUCGCUGCUGGCGCGACCGUCAAGGACGUCGAGCUUCCAGCCGAAUUCAACGACGUCAUGCCCCGUACGGUACGGCUCAUGGCGUCCGAAGGUCGGGUCAACUUUCUCCCCGAGUACAUGGUCAGCAAGGACAAGCUCGAUCCGCUCCUCAUCAGCCACGUCGAGAACCAGACCAAGAUAUCCAGGCGGGAACAGCUCGAUAUCUACGAUGCGAUGGCCGCGCUCAGGCCGAAGCUCGACGCCAUCGCGGGACAGUACGAUGCUAUCGUUACGCCGAGUGUGCCCGGGGAGGCGUGGGUGGGGAUCGAGCGGACCGGGGACGCGCGAUUCUGCGCGCUCUGGACCUCGCUCCAUGUGCCUUGCAUCAACAUCCCAGGGUUUGCUAGCGAGAGCGGAAUGCCUAUCGGCCUGACAUUGGUGGCGCCGAGGUACGAGGACGUCAGGCUUCUGUCGGUGGCGUCAGAGGUAGCGAAGGUAUGGAUCAACGCGGACGAAGGGCUUCUCAGGAAAACUCCGGCUCCAGAGGAGGCGUCGCACAAUUCUGCAUGA